UUUAAGAGAACGUCAUUUUGGUGCUACGUUCAAUACAUUGAAGUUAAUUGCUCGUAAAGAGGGUCUUAUAGGACUUUAUCGUGGCGUUUCACCAAAUUUGGCUGGUUCAGCGGCUAGUUGGGGAUUUUAUUUUUAUUGGUACGAUUUAAUAAAGCGAUGGAUGGCUGAUGGUGAUAAAUUAACGAAACUUUCCGCUGCGCAACAUUUAUUAGCAUCUGCUGAGGCAGGUGCCAUAACGGUUUUCAUGACAAAUCCAUUUUGGGUGGUUAAAACACGGAUGUGCGUUACAAGUCGUAAGGAUCCGGAUGCAUAUAAAGGAUUGAUAGAUGGUCUGUACCAAAUAGCAAAGUAUGAGGGAAUUCGUGGCCUAUAUAAAGGGUUGGUUCCAGGAUUAUUAGGAGUUUCUAAUGGAGCUGUACAUUUUAUGUUUUACGAGGAAAUGAAAAAGUGGAGAUUAAAAAUUGCUCCUGGAAAAGAUCGUGAACGGUUGGACAACGUUGAAUAUAUUUUAGUGGCUGGGUCUUCGAAAACAAUAGCUAUUGUGGCAACAUAUCCAUAUCAACUAAUUCGCACACGAUUAAAUAAUCAAAAAUUUGUUAUCAAAUAUAAUGGUGUAAUUGACGCGAUAAAAAAAAAUUUACAG